CUGUCUCAGCAGCAACUGAGCAUACUGGAGGCCUCGUCCGCGGCGAGUACAGGCAACAUCAAUCAGAUUCAUUCUAAAAAUAGACUGCUCGUGAGUCGUGACAGCAGUGUCAAUGGGAGCAGUGGCAAUCUGGAUUCCAUGAUCGUUUCUGCCGGAAAAGGCAUCUCUCCGCAUGACUCCCUCAAUCUAUAUGAGCGCUCACACACCCAGUACUACUAUGAUAGCAACGAGGAGCAGUCACAACUG